AUGCCAAAACAUUUUCAUACCAAUGACGAAGUUAAUCCAUCAGAUUUUAAGCGUGUGUGUUUUGACCACUCUCACUCUUUCCAACAUGAUGAAUUAGUGCUUGUGUCGAGAUCAAAAGGGGGAUUUUCAUAUGGAUAUGUCGAUACUAUGUGCUCUGAAAUGAAGUGCCCUUACAAUUACCAAUAUCAACACAAUGCACUCUAUUGGAAAGUUUGGCUCUAUCGUUCCGAGACUAAAAGGGUUUACAAAGUCCUUUCUGCCUUCAAAAUCGGAAAACUUUCUAAAGUUGAUUCCAUCCCAAAUAAAGAUGAAACCGAACUAACUCCUGAUGAGUAUAAGCAAGUGUUGUAUGACGAAGAAACUGUACUUUCCUCGACAAGUGUAGUGUGUCCAAGUACAAGUGGUGGGUUGGUACAUUGUAUAGUUGUUGGUCCACAAGCACUCAAAUGCCAUUGCUUUGAUCACCAGAUAGACGGACUAUCAGUUGAUUAUGGGACAACGACAUCAGUGUUACCUUUAAGCGCGGUUGGUGUCAUUUUAUCACCAGAGAACCAGAAGAAAAUAGUGAUCGACGGAGCCAACAUAGCGUAUAGUAAUUCCAAUGGGAAGGUAUUUGAGGUUGGUGUUCUCAAAAGCGUUAUAACAUAUUAUGAGAAAAGGAAAUACCAACCCGAAAAAGAUGGAAACGGUUGA